ACCUGCGUCCAAAAAGAUCAAUGAAAUAAUGAACUAUAUAACUAUCAAAGCUUUUGAUAAGAAUCAUGAGAGAGCGGAGAGGAGAGGAGAGGAGAGGGAUUCAUUGGUAGUGAGUGAAAGAGGAGGAGGAGAGAAGAGAAGAAGAGGACCGAGGUUUUCUCAGUAGAUGCUGCAGCUCUCUGGAGAAGAAGUCAUUCCUCUUACUGGAUCAUCCAGCAUCACAAAUUUUGUUGAGACGGCUGAAAUGUGAAACACCACGAUGGAUAACAGCACCUCGACACAUCCCGACAGAAACUCCACAAUGCCGGAGAACUCGCUGGAGGUUCAGGUGGUCACCAUAUCUCUGUCACUGCUGAUCUGUGGGGUGGGAAUCGCUGGGAACGUCAUGGUGGUUUUGGUGGUGAUCCGUAGCAAGCACAUGAUGACUGCAACCAACUGCUACCUGGUGAGUCUGGCGGUGGCCGAUCUGACCGUGCUGCUGGCUGCUGGCUUACCCAACAUCUCUGAGGUCGUGGCUUCGUGGAUCUACGGCUACGCCGGCUGCGUUUGCAUCACGUACCUGCAGUACCUGGGCAUUAAUGUCUCAUCUUGCUCCAUCACGGCCUUCACCAUCGAGCGCUACAUCGCCAUCUGCCACUCCAUCAAAGCCCAGUUCAUCUGCACCGUGUCACGAGCCAAGAAGAUCAUCGCCUGCGUUUGGAUCUUCACGUCUCUGUACUGCAUCAUGUGGUUCUUCCUGGUGGACACAAAUGAGACCGUUUAUGCUAAUGGCGUCGUGGUCCGGUGUGGCUAUCGGGUGUCCAGGAACCUCUAUAUGCCCAUAUACUUCCUGGACUUCACCUUGUUUUAUGUCGUUCCUCUUGUUGUGGCUUUGGUUCUGUACGGUCUGAUUGCCAGGAUUUUGUUUCGGGACCCACUGCCGAUGAAUCUGUCAGAGCAGAGGUUCUCCGUCCAUCAGGGCCGACGGCAGAGUUCAGUGAAGGUGUCCUGUAAAACUAACAGUGCAGCGACAUCCAGAAAACAGGUCACAAAGAUGCUGGCGGUGGUGGUGGUUCUGUUCGCUCUCCUCUGGAUGCCGUACCGGACUCUGGUGGUGGUGAAUUCCCUCAUGGACCCGCCGUAUUUGAACACCUGGUUCCUGCUCUUCUGUCGCAUGUGCAUUUACACCAACAGCGCUGUCAACCCCAUCAUCUACAACGCCAUGUCACAGAAGUUCCGCGCUGCUUUUAAGAGGCUCUGCGACUGUAAACGCAGGUCAGAUCAGGGCAGAGCUGGAAAAUGCACCGUAAGUGUUUACUACAGCGCCAUAAAAGAAUUCUCCAGUGAAAGCACUGCACAGAGAGCAGAGAAGAAACACGAUGGUAUGAAGACAGACACGCUUGAUCUGAGCACAUUAAUGUCAGGAGCCUCUGAUUCAUGAAAAGUGAAAAUAAGUGAUACAGUUAAUGGAUGAUUUGGCUAGAAGUGAGCUGCAUGCAUUACUAAAAAGGCAAGUUAGGAUUUAAAAAUUCCAAAUUGUGAUAUAUAAACUGGCAAUUCUGAGAAAAAAGUCAGAAUUGCGAGUUAUAAAGUCAGAAUUGCGUGAUAUAAAGUCAGAAUUGCGAGUUAUAAAGUCAGAAUUGAGAGAUAUAAAGUCAGAAUUGUGAUAUAAAGUCAGAAUUGUGAGAUAAAGUCAGAAUUGCGAGUUAUAAAGUCAGAAUUGUGAGAUAUAAAGUCAGAAUUGCGAGAUAUAAAGUCAGAAUUGCGAGUUAUAAAGUCAGAAUUGCGAGUUAUAAAGUCAGAAUUGUGAGAUAUAAAGUCAGAAUUGCGAGAUAUAAAGUCAGAAUUGCGAGUUAUAAAGUCAGAAUUGCAAGAUAUAAAGUCAGAAUUGCGAGAUAUAAAGUCAGAAUUGCGAGUUAUAAAGUCAGAAUUGCGAGUUAUAAAGUCAGAAUUGCAAGAUAUAAAGUCAGAAUUGUGAUAUAAAGUCAGAAUUGUGAGAUAUAAAGUCAGAAUUGUGAGUUAUAAAGUCAGAAUUGUGAGUUAUAAAGUCAGAAUUGCAAGAUAUAAAGUCAGAAUUGUGAGAUAUAAAGUCAGAAUUGCGAGUUAUAAAGUCAGAAUUGCAAGAUAUAAAGUCAGAAUUGUGAUAUAAAGUCAGAAUUGCAAGAUAUAGUCAGAAUUGUGAUAUAAAGUCAGAAUUGUGAGAUAUAAAGUCAGAAUUGCGAGUUAUAAAGUCAGAAUUGCCAGUUAUAAAGUCAGAAUUGUGUGAUAUAAAGUCAGAAUUGCGAGUUAUAAAGUCAGAAUUGUGAGAUAUAAAGUCAGAAUUGCGAGAUAUAAAGUCAGAAUUGCGAGAUAUAAAGUCAGAAUUGCGAGUUAUAAAGUCAGAAUUGCAAGAUAUAAAGUCAGAAUUGUGAUAUAAAGUCAGAAUUGUGAGAUAUAAAGUCAGAAUUGCGUUAUAAAGUCAGAAUUGCGAGAUAUAACGUCAGAAUUGCGAGUUUUAAAGUCAGAAUUGCGAGAUAUAAAGUCAGAAUUGCGAGUUAUAAAGUCAGAAUUGUGAGAUAUAAAGUCAGAAUUGCGAGUUAUAAAGUCAGAAUUGCGAGUUAUAAAGUCAGAAUUGCAAGAUAUAAAGUCAGAAUUGUGAUAUAAAGUCAGAAUUGUGAGAUAUAAAGUCAGAAUUGCGUUAUAAAGUCAGAAUUGCGAGAUAUAACGUCAGAAUUGCGAGUUUUAAAGUCAGAAUUGCGUGAUACAAAGUCAGUAUUGUGAGUUAUAAAGUCAGAAUUGCGUUAUAAAGUCAGAAUUGCGAGAUAUAACGUCAGAAUUGCGAGAUAUAACAUCAGAAUUGCGUGAUAUAAACUUGCAAUUGCUAGAAAAACAGUCAGAUUUGUGAGUUUAUAUCUCGCAAUUCUGACUUUAUAUCAUUGCGUGUUAUAAUGUCCAAUUGUGAGGAAAAAAAGACUUUUUUCUCAGAGUUGCGAGUUUACAUCUCAUAAUUCUGACUUUAUAACUCACAAUUCUGACUUUAUAUCUCGCAAUUUUGACUCUAUAACUCAAAAUUGUGAGUUUAAAUCCCUCAAUUCUGAGAAAAAUGUCAGAAUUGUGAGAUAAAAAUUCACAAUUACCUUUUUUAUUUUUUUUAUUUAGUGGCGGAAACAAGCUUCCAUAAGUAAGUCAUGGCAACUUACAUUACUUUAACUCAUCAAAAUAAGUUUCAACUUUUUUAAAAUAAGCUAUAUGAGAUUCAGCUCUAUUUUCUGUCAGUUUAAUAUAAUUUUAGUUGAAAAUUUGAGGCAGCCACUGAAUUUAAGUUUUUAAGUUGAAAUAGGUGGAAAUUGCUUACAGUGGCUUCCGUUCAUUUUUGUAUACAGAUUGUAGAAGGUUUUCCAUAUAAAUUGAAUUAUCAUACAUCGGUGUGGUUGUAGUGAUCGAUCCAGUAAAUGUUGACAGUGGUGUACUCAUAAAUGUGAGAAAUAAUUUAAUUGUUCAGCUCUUUGUGUGUUGGCAUGUCUCUGUUAAUGUUAAAGUAGGAAUAAAACAUUCGAGGGAACCAUAUCAGGAGGAAUCAAAUUGGCACUGAUUUUUAAAAUAAGAUUUUAUUGUAUUAGGAAAAUAAACUAUAACUUCUACAAUUUAAAACGUCCUUCCCAGACAUAAAAAUAAAACCUUAUUUUUUUAUGAUUUGAGUUACGUAUGUUUGAUAGUACUUUAAAUUUUUAGGAAACAUUGGAUACCUCAUGACAUGAACCCUUUAAAAGCAUCUCAAAAGAAACGUGUUUUAACAAAACAUUAAAAUACUGUCUGGUUUAAUUGUCAAAUAAGAAGAGCCUCUUCCUCUCAUACUGUAUUUAUGAUAUAAACUGUUUAUUGCCCUUCAAGAGUUAUUGAACACUGUGUAGUUUUCAUCUGAAUGUAUUGAGAGCAUGAAAAAAUGGCAAAAAUGUUGAGAAAAUAAAUUUAGCCUGGUGCUUCAUACCUGCUUACUUCUUUUACCUGUUUUCAUCUGUCAUUCUGCUUCAUUCCUGACAGUUACCAGGUAAAAAUAGCCGUUUCAUCAUUUCCUGUGGGAAUUAAAGCACACACGCUUCAUAAAUGCACCGCAUCUGAUCAAACGCUGGUCAUAAUUCACUGAACUGAAUCUCCGUCAGUUUCUGCAUUUCCACUUUGACUCACCAUUUCUUCUGUUCUGUUUGUAGUUAUUUUUGUUUGCUUGAUUUUUAGCUAUUUUAGUACAUGCUUUGAUUUUUUUUUCUCGCUGUUUCAGAUUCUGUCAUGCUCUUGAUGUCAGGGACGGUUAUUCAUCACACAACUUUUUUCAUCAGAAUUCACCUUUCACUUCUUACACUAAAUGUUUCAAAGGUUGCAACACUCAAACUUAAGCUUGGUAAUCAUCUGUUCUCUUUCUAUCUUAUGUUGAGUCUCUUCUGCUCACCAAAGCUGCAUUUAUUUGAUUAAAAAUACAAUAAAAACAGUGAAAUUUUAUUAUAAUUUAAAAGAACAAUUUUCUGUUCAGUAAUUAUAAUGUCCUAUGCUCGUGUUGUAUCGAGUCUCGUUUGGAAUGGUUGCUACAGCAUAAGUUAUAUUUAUUUUACCCAUGCCGGUCUGUUAUUGUGAAUAUAAUCACCUCUAAAUGGCAUGUAAAAACAACACGAACUAUGAUUGUUCAGUUUGAUUCUGAUGAUGCAUUUGUGUUUGUAAAAGUGCUAAAAUGAUGCAGAAGUAGUAGUUUUUUUAUUAUUAUUUGCAGUGAUCAUGCAUGCAAUUUUGGAUGGUUAAUGGCAAUAUUUUG